GAGAAACAAAAACGAAAAUUUAAUGAAUGCUCAUUGAGAAAACUUGCAACGCUUUUUACCAAUAACUCAUGAUACUCAAAAGAACCCGUUUUGAUCUAAAUCAAAUUUCUAGUAAAUAAGUGUUGAUCAUUCAUAGGUAGUAAUUUUUACUCGAUGAAUAAAGACUGGCUGAAGAAGUUAAAAUCGCUGCUGUAAAAUCAAAUUCACAACUGUGUUCGUUAAGACGUUUUAAUAUUUUCAAUGACAAUAAUAAUCUUCGAUAAACACCCGCUAUAGUUAUUCACACACAUGCUAUAACUAUCUAAAAACGCGUUAAAACUAUUCAUACACACGCUGUAGCUAUAGCUAUCCAUACACACGCUAUUCCUUUCCAUACAUCCGAUACAACUAUCUAUACACACGCAUAAGCUAUCCAACCAUGCGCUGUUACUAUCCAUACAUACGCUAUUACUAAUCAUUAGACACGCAGCAGCUAUCCACACACAAGCUAUAACUAUCCGUACACACGCUGAAGAUAUACACGCAAUAGCCAUAAUAUGCUACACAUGCUAGUGUCUUACACACGCUAUAGCUAGCCAUACACACGCAACAGCGCCAUCCCUAUCAUCGCAAAUGUCAUAGCAAUACAGAUGCACAUACGCUAUAUGUGCACACUGCACACACACCCAACGUUUUCACCCAACGAUAUCUGAAUUGGAUUACCGCUGGUGGGGUCCAACUCAGAUCGAAGGAGCACCGAACUGAAUGAAGAAAUGCAGCUUCCCACUACCUCCGCCGCUGCUGCCUGAUACCACCGCUCUGGUUCUGCUGCAGCUCAGUUUGGCCGCUGGAAUCAGCCACCGCUGCUGAUUAUACAAGACCGGCCUGGUGGCCUUUCACAUGUUAACUGAUGACUGCUAUGAGACGACACAGGCUAUUAUAUAGCCCAAAGCAAAAAUCCAUCCGCGAGCAAACAAGAAGCGAGCUUGUGAUUAGUUGAAUGUGCACGACUUUUAACACAACUUUUAACUAGUUUAGUAUCGAAAACAUAUUUAAAUUAUUAUAUGACAAUCUUGCGCAAUAUUUCCCCUAUUAAUCAAGCCAUUGGUGUUUAGAAUCUGUUCAGUGGUAAUGAUAAAAGAAGCAUUUUAAAACGGUGUUGAAACACCUGUUGCAGCUACCGAAAGCAAGCUCGUUAUUGGUUGAAAGCUGUGAGACUGUUUACAAAGUCAGAUCGGUUGUAUCCGUUAGUGUCGACUGUGCUUGUGAAGAGAGGUGGUGAUUGGUUGCUCGGUAUGAUUUAGACAAUCGAUGUGAUUUAUCAAUUUUUCAAUAGUGUAUCUCGAGAAAUAGGUUAUUUUUGUUACAUAAAUUCAACCGUAAAAGAAUUUCUGAUCGGUUGAUGCCAAAACCUCGAAAUUCUGAAAAGAAAUGACUGAUGUAUAGGCGCUCAAAACCUGACCACUUUUCCAUGGUUUUCCCCGGUUGAAUUACUAGAUUUUCAAAUUCAGGUGCCUAACUUCGAUAUAGACGUUAGUCCAACGUCAAAAAAAAUAAAAUAGGGAAACUUGGACCGCUUUGAGGCACAACUUUUCGAAGUCCAAUUGAGCUGAACUUUUGUAUAAAAACAUUGCGUGGUGAAAAUAAUGGAAAAGUUUCAAAGGCAAAUAUUCACAUUCAUUUUCCAUACGAUUGGCUUAUUUCCCUAACGCAGACAUCAAAAAGGUAGAAGUUAUGAUUGAAAUUGUACGAUCAUUAGCUAGUUGAGCCAACAAAUCUACUUUUUACUACCGCUUCCAACGACAGCCAACGGGUGUCCAACGCGAAUCCUCACCAAGAUCCUUGUAAGAAAUUUCGUCGAAAUUGAUCAACUAUCGCAUUGCGUAUGCUUUCAUGGUCAGCAGUGGUACUGCGUCAUUAAACUUGUCACGUACCUUAAUGUUUCCUUGUUCGUCUUCAUCGCACAUUCUCAUCACCGUUACCAAAGUUUUUGUUGCCUUGAUGUCCGUUGACUUAUUGAUGAUUAACGAAAAACUACGCUGCUGAAAUUGAUAUAAACAAAGUAUUCUUACCAUUCGAAGUAUCGGAAUCUGCUUCCGGCAGAUUUACCUCUGGGCUAGAUUCUAGAACAGAAUUAUCUACAUGUUACGUUAUGUGUCAGUGGAAUAAAAAUGUUAAUUUAUAAGUUUCUUACCACUUGACACCUGUUCAUCCUUUUCGAUUUUAUCGUCAAAACUAAAGCUCAAAAUUCAAACACAGUCGUCCUUCAUGAAAAAUAGUACUUUCGUUCGAAUAGACUCCUUCAAAGUUUGGACACUCUGCUAAGUCAUUCGCAGGGGCCAAUUCAUUCUACGAUCUCUUUAUGUCGGUGGCAUCUCGAGUCACUUUGAUACUCUUUUUAAAAAAUUGUAAGUAUCACCCAUAAUCAGAUGGUCUUUUUGUAGCGCCUAAACAGAUUCGGAUGCAACCUUGAAUUCUUUCAUGAACUCUGUUUCUAAGUGUAGCUCUUCGCAUUGGCCUCCGAUUUCGUUAUAAAAUCCUUUUGCUUAUAUAUACUCAACACCAUAUCAUACAGUAAGUCUCAACGAGCUUCGACAUCGAUUUGUCAUAAUGGCACCUUUGCAAACUCAACAUAUACACGAAAUUUUAAAAGUCUUAGUACUUGGCGAAUAUUCUUGAUAGUUAUUUGGUUUGCCGAUCUCAAGGAAUCCUUAACGACCAAAUUCAGGGUAUGAGCAGCGCAUUUCACAGCUUCCAAGCAGCCUCCGUUUACACUUGCCUUCAUAUAUUCUAAGUUUUCGAGCAUGUCAUCAAUGUGAAUAUCAUCUACCGCAAUCGCGGUCUCUGUUGGGUCGGGUCCAUCAUAUUCGCAAUCAUUGAGUCAGCUGCUACAUUAGAAACAAAUUCAUCUAUUUCCGAAAAGCUGCGAUCCAGAGUCAACACUUUGCUUUGUUAGUACCGAAGCUCCUUGCGUUGAUUUCGUUGAUUUUUUCUAGUUUUUGGAGAAAUGACGCUCUACAUCCAGUCUAGCUUCGUCCGAUAUGUUCUGGGUUGAUAAAAUAGUCUUCCUGAAAUCUGCUAUAUUUUCCUUGAUAUAGCCAACGAUGUUUUUUCUUAGUUACAGAGCUUUUAUUUUGAAAUCGGUAAAUCUCGUUCUCACAUGCAAAAGCGAAAGAAAUGAAAUUUAUUCAUUAGUGAUAUGUAGUAAUUUAGUUUUAAUAGUAGUAGAAGUGAAGCUUCAAAUUUGGAAGAUGUUUUAAGAAAAUGCGUAGAUGUCAGUUAGUUGCUCUUUAGGGCUAUUCCCACUGCUUCCGAUCCGGGACCGGGCCGUGGCUGAUCCGUGUGUCAUCCGGGCUCGUUUGAGAUUGAUUGCAUGCGUUCUUACGAACGCAUUCACACCGACGCGACGUGCCCAGACCGGAGCAGCGCUGAGUUGCCGUCGUGCUGCCGCCGUGCGAGAAAAAAACUAUCGUUGCCGACGAUACUUUGUGUUGCCGGGAGAGUGCACGGAAGGCAUUCGGGUAGAUGCGUGUAUGUGGUAGUAACAUAUUUUCGGUUUUGCUUUGCAUUUGCAUUCAUGCAUAUUGCCGUCACAGUCAAACGUUGAAUUAUAGUUCGGGAAAAGUGUUGUGUUAAACAAGUGUUGUGUUUUCUCAGCCAGAGCGCAGCGCAGGAACGGUUCGUACACGGCGCAGUGUGAAUGCAUUAAAGUCCCGGACGGGACACGGACACGGCCCGGAUCCGGCCCGGCCCCGGAACGGAAGCAGUGGGAAUAGCCUUUUUAUCGGACCGAAGAUGUAUAGAGUUGUUGAGCAGAGUUUAUGAAAGUAAAGAAACAUGAGAAGUGAAGUGGAUUAGUAAUGAUACUUUAUGUUUAUGAGUGCAAUGGAUGGAAGCUCGAGGUUUUGUUAGGGAUGUUAGGGUUAGUAGAAACCUCGAUUAAGUCCUACCGACCCAGCCAGUAUUUAGUUUUGUUGGGUUAUGCGAGAUUAAAACUGUGUUGUCUUUAAUGCAUUGUUAUUAUGUAAUUAUUUUGACCAAUUUUCCAAUAAAGUUUGGGUUUGCAAAUACGCUUGACAGAAAUUACAAAAGCUCAAACCGGAAAAAAUGAAAGAUUAUAGCUAUUUAAAAAUUUCUGUGACUUUUGGUGACCCUAGUCAUUACCGUUUUUUCAGAGACUUAAAUGAGUAAACCUCGUAAACAUAACGUUAAAAUGCCGGGCGAUCCCGUCGAACAAUUUGUAUAUGAGCCUCUCACGUAAGUUGACGCUUUUGGCAAUGGCUAGGGGCACCGAAAUUCAUAGGAAUGGUUGAAUAGUUAUACUGCCCAUAAAAGCAUAACUGUCCCAUAUGGAAAAACAUGGAGAGCGAGAAAAUGCGAUUUUAAUGUUAGACGUUCAUUUGUAUUCUAUGUUAUUCAAGAAGAGAAUUAUUAUACUUUUUUCGAGGAUAAUACUUCAACGCAUUCACAAUUUACCUCCAAAUAUACUCUGGUUGUAAAACUGAUCAUAAAAACUACCUUAUUCAGGAAGUUCUAAUACAUGCCAGUCCCAUCGUCAUUAAAUUUUGACAGAAGAGAAAUGCGUUUAGUUUCAAAAUAUAACACUCGAACAGUAGUAGUGUGAAAGUUCGGCAAUUUUAUUGUCUAAUAAAAGUGUAACAUAAAUAUUACUGAUACAAAUGAAGUUAAUUCAGCAAUAUGAGUCGGAUUCGGAUACAGCCAAAGAAGAUUUUUUGGGGUUUGGAAAUAACUCCAUGGAACAAUAUCCGGCAGGAAAAUAAUGUCAAAUAGUGAAGAACAAGGCGAUGGUUGAAGUAUACAUUUUAGAGGAGGUUUUUGCGCCGAUGCAGUGACAAAAGCAGUCCUCUGCUGGAAUUUUGCCGGUAAUCACUCGAAAUAAACGUGCAUUUUGGGAAGCACUGUCCUUGAUGGACAAGCUUCAAAACCAACUGUUACAAUUAUUUUUGGCUCUCCAACGUGCAAUAAUGAUCUUAAAUAAUAUUAAAGUUCUUUGAUUGCUUUAUUCAGAAAGAAAAGGUUUAUAAUGGGCUAAAUUCUAUAUGGGACUGUUAUGCAUUUAUUUUCCAUAGUUCAGGUGGGAUCCACAGUUCAGGUGGGAUGUUUUUUCGAAAAGUUUUCGAAUAAAGUCGGUUUAAAUUCCAGUUGUUUAGGUGGAUUACGAUGUAAAUAAGCUAAUUUUAUACUUAACUCAAAAUCGAUAAAAAUCCAUAUGGGACAGUUAUGCUUUUAUGGGCAGCAUAAUCAUUCAUUUUUUUCGGUUUGAGUUUUUGGAAUGCACAUUUUUUUCAUUUCAUCGACCAGUUUUAUCUAUACUAGUUGCAAAAGCUGUAAAAAAUGAAGCUGAUGGUGGAAACAACAAAUUUGCUGAUAAUGCUCAACUGGCGCAAUGUCUGGAGAAUAGCGUACAUGUGCCCAGAUAUGGUGAGCUCUACCAGGCAUGCGUGUUGGUCAUCACUAAAACAACACGAAUGCUUCAAAUAACGACUGUUGGGUCGAUAUCAGCCGAUCGCAUAUAUCACGGAAUUUUAUACACCUUCCGUUGGGGUGCAACACAAAUUGCAAACUUUUUUUAGUUAUGUCAACUCCAAAACCGAUUUUGAAUGUGGAGAGUUUAGCUCUUACGAAUAAAAAAAUUGGCGAACUGAAGAAGAAGGUUACUCUAGCUGAGGGUCAGAAGAAAGCGUACACUGAAGAAUGGGCCGAUACCAAAAAGGUACAGAACGAAAAGGUUGCCGAGCUGAAAAAGGAGGUACGAGAUUUAACCAACAAACUGUCCUAUUUGCACAACCCGAACAGCGCCAAAGCGCAAAAGAACGUACAGGAAAUCAAGCGUCGCAUUCAACUUCCACCCGGAGCAAAAACCGUCCAGGAGGCUGUGGACAUCAUUGAUCUGAAAACCAUUGACGUUAACAAGCAGGUUGAUGUGGCCGACGCAAGGUACAAGAAGCGAGAACAAUGCUACAAGAAGCUGCUGGAUCAAUACCAUGCUCUGAUGGCUUACAAAAAAUCCAAUGCCGAUGGUUUGAACCCACCGGAAACGGUGGAAGAGGACGCCAAUCGGAAGCUGAUCACACAUCUGGAGAAUGAAAUCCACCGAACUUCGGUCCAGUGGAUGGAGGCCGAACAUAUUCGAAAGAAAUAUCGAGGCAUCAGAUCGUCGUUGAUGAGAGAUGCUGAAAAGUUUGAAAGUUCCCUGCUGGAUCUAGAGGUCGCUAUCACGGAGCAGCAAGCGGAGAUUACAAAGCUAGAAUCCGUGCACAAGGAAGCUAUGCAAAUGAGAGACAACACGAAAGCGAUUCUUCAGCGGCAGGAACAGACGACAAUCUACGCCAACAAGGCUAGGGAGAAGCAAGCCCAGGAUUUCCGGCGGCAGGUUGAGGAACGCAAAAUAGAACUUGAACGUCUUGAGAGGAAAAUCUUUUCCUCCGGUAAAACAUUAAUUCAUCAGGAGAGCAUCUUGUCCGCUACUGGUGAGCACUCGGGUGGCAAGGGCGACGGUGAUGAUGGUACGGGUCACGAUAAAGAGUCUGCUUCCGAUAUGGAGCACAAGUUUAAGAAGUUGAUGCACGCUAUAGGCGUAAGCGCAGCAAGUGAAGUCGUGGAUCGAUUUUUGGCCCAACGGGAAGCUUCCGCUCGUCUCACGUAUCUUCGCACGAUUACCGAAAACGAGAAGAAACAGCUAGAGGCUCAGCGGGAAUUGAUGACAGCACAACUGGAUGCGUUCAAGUUUGCCGAUGUGAAAGACAGUGAUGUAAAUCAAGAGGAACUAGAGAAGAUUCGAAACUCGAUCGAAGAACUGAAAGCAAGCAGAGAGGAGUGUGAGAAGUCCAUAGACUACACACGGAAUGUGUUUAAUACAAUAAAGGAUGCGUUGGUCGAGUUGCUGCUGACUUUGCGCGAAAUAGACGAUAAUAUAGGUCUCCAAUUUGCACGCUGGAUGCCUGCGCAACAAACCGAACCGAUGGAUCUCUCGUCAGGAAACAUUUCUGUUGAUGACUUGGGUAACAUGUUGGAGGAAAAGAUCAAACUUGGAAUGAUCGCCAGUGGUCAGUUGGCGAACGACGAAGAUAGCGGGAUGUCGGAGGAAGAGAGCGAAGUGACGCGACCGGCUAGUGCUUUGCAGGUUCCAGCGUCCACUCCAUCGGUGGGAACUUCAUCGGCUCAGGAAGAUCGAGAGAAACCACCUGCAUAUCCGCCGGUGUAUGUGAAUUUGAUUGCCGGUAGGACAACUGCACAAAUUUCAUCAGCUUCACCCGGACCGGGUGCUACUGUUGUGCUCUCCGAUGAUGAAGCCGAAGUGCCGUCCCGCAGUUAUCUGAAACGUCAAGCAAAUAUGAUCAUUGAAGCAAAAUCUAGGCGAAAAGGCUUCCGAGUGCCUCCGCCGAAAAGGCGUUAGAUGAGGACACGAACAGCCAUUUUAUUGGCUCUCAUCGCUUUCUUCUACAUUGCUUGCAUUACUCCUCAGACUAUACAAUUAACCAAUCUUAAUCUCAAUCCAGGUCUUUUCAUCCACCAAGAUGGUAGUGGCUUUUUAGAAAUGGGCGAGCAUAAUUUUUUUUUAUAUCAUUGAUCUCGAUCGGUUCGAGCCUAUUUUUGAAAAGUUACUUUUAAAUAUUAAAAGAACUGAGGUAAUCGGAAAUCUCACUGAAAUUACAGUACUAUUAAAACUUGUAUUCUGUGUCAAAGACAAAGACAUAUUAAUAAAAAUAAAAACAAAAAAUGUGAAAAAGGAUCUUGCUCUAGCGCAUUUCCUUUAUGCAUUAAGAAAAUUCAACUUACAAGAAUAUAUAAGUACAAUUGAUGAGAUGGCCACAAAGUUAAGAAAUAAAGAAGCUAGCAAUCACAAAUGAUAAUAUAAUAUUUUCGCUGGUAAACAAACAGCUGUUCAAAACAACAUGCAACAGUAUCUCAAGAAAUGUCGACAUACUAAUUUACAAAUCAGCUCAAAUAAUUAAAUGCCAAAGCGAAAUAAAGAAAAUCAUUGCAGAAAACCACGAUACCCCUUCGGGAGAAUACGUAGGUACUAAGACUUAUAAAACAGUUAAGAAGUUCAUAUUAUUGGACAAAUAUGACAUCAAUAAUUAAAAAUUAUGUCAAAAACUGUGGAAAAUGUAAACAAAACAAACAUUCUAUAAAACUAAAGAAGCUUUUGUUAAAACUACAACUCCUAUAAAAGCCUUUGAUAUCGUAUUAAUAGAUACGAUAGGACCUUUUACGAAAUCCACUAAUGGAAAUCGUUACGCAUUGACCGCACAAUGUGAAUUAACUAAAUUCAUCAUAAUAGUACCUAUAAAGGAUAAACAGGCAAAAACUCUAGCGAAAGCAUUUGAUGAAAAUUGCAUCCUUCUACACGGUUGCCCAUCGAUCAAUAAAUCAGACAUGGGAACCGAGUACAAGAAUGAAAUAUUUCAACAUAUUUGUACAUUUUUAUCUAUAGAACAAAAAUUUUCAACUGCUUAUCAUCCAGAAACUAUAAGCAGGCUGGAAAGAAAUCAUCGUUGCCUUAACGAGUUUCUACGCCAAUUUAUAAAUGAACAACACGACGAUUGGGACAGUUGGUUACAAUAUUAUGUAUUUUGUUACAAUACCACUCCAAAUUCCACACAUCAAUACACACCAUUCGAACUCAGGGUGGCCACUCAAAACCCGAAAUUAAAUUCCCGGUUCGUUCAAAUAUUUUUCCUGGUUAAUUGUACUUUUGAAUUCUGUAGUUUUCCAUGCAGUUAAAGAAUAAAAAAGCGUGAUUUUCGAUUUACAUCUCAAUAUGCUCUAAGUCACAUCUUGACGUGUUCAGCCUUAUUGGAAUCAAGAGAUAUAGUUGCAAAAAAUCGAAAAAUGCGACGGAUGUCACCUUUCCGAGAGGAGAUGUCUACAAGUAUCUUAUAAACAACGCAUAUAAUACUCAUUACCGAGGAAUCCUAGGCCAAAUUAAGUUUGAAGGAAUCGUUUUUACCUCAACCAGAUAAGAUUCAAUAUAUAAAAGAGUAUUUUCAUAACACUUAAAACACGUUACUUCAGCAGCUCACGCAUCUCCUCAUCAAUAUCAAUUUCGUGUCCACCUCCGGCACCUGUACUGUAUCGCACACCAAGCGCUGCGCUACAAGACUGUCUUUUUCCAAAUUCAUGACUACGCACUCCUUGUUCACGGAGAAACCUUGCUUUAACGUGGCAUUGCCAUGCGAUAGAAUCAGAAUCCUUUCGAUAAACACAGUAAAGUUAGGAAGUUACUUGCCUGAAGCAGCUAUCAGAUCUCUACAAAAAGUAUCAAGGUAGGAAGUCAGCAGUGUCUUCGUCGAAUGCAUACUCAAUAGUUGUGAGUAUUCUUGGCGACAUCUAUCAGCUACAGUUCCCGCGAGAUUAUCGUUGUGAACCAUUUGCUCUGGGCAAAAUUCGAGCCAUUUGAAUGCUACUUCCGGGGAGCUUACCUUGGUCAAGUUAGCUUCCAAGAGAAAGAUGAAUAAAAACAAAAAAACUGUUUUAUGCACUGUAAGAUAUAUCAGCCAUCUUUUCCGGGUCACACGACUAGUCUUUUUUUGGUUAAGUAUUCGAGGAAACUUACUUAAGAAAUUUUGGUCUUGUGAUCGCCAUGAGAUGGCUGCAAAAAAUGGGUUUGUAUGGCACAAUCCCACCUCCACUGGCACAAUCUCACCCCGGCUUGUAAUGUUCAGUGAAAUUCCCGGUUUUUCCCCGGUUUUUCCCGGUUCCAAACGAUUCCAGGUUUUUUCCCGGUUGGGUGGCCACCCUGCGAACUUUUAUUCGGUAGACAGGCAAAUAUCCCAAAAUCACUUGAUUAGAGUAUUCACAGUAGAACCAAUAUAUAACUAUGAUUCGUACCUACUAUUUAGAAUUAAAAUUCAAGAUACAAUCAGCAGUCAAAAACACUAGAGAUGCAUUGAACAUAUCCAAACAUGGAAGAAUCAAAGCACAAGAGAGAAAUACAAAUCCAAUCAAAAUUGAUAUAGGCGAAAUAAUGUGGCUUAAAAACGAAAACAGAAGAAAAUUAGACCCCCCCCCCUUUCAAUCUUGAAAGUCAAACAUAAAUAACAAAAGGUCGACCACCAGCAAAGUGCAUGUCAUGCAAAGACGGCUUCGCUGGUCGACCCUUAACAUUACUUUUUGACUUAAAACGAAGCGCACCCAGCGCAAGGUCUCAAAUUGCAUAACCGGCAUAAACUAACCGAGGCAAAACAUAUGAUUGCAAUCCUCAGCCAAAAUUGUUUGUCACACGUCCGUUCCAGACAUCUCACUCUAGCAAUAAUAAAGAAUGUAAUAAAGAUUACCUACAUAUUGAUUUUGUAGCGCAACAUUCAGUUGGCUAUUUAAAGCUAAGAUUUUCAAAUAAAGAGCAAUUCAGUCUGGAGAAGUA